AUGAGCGGCUACGAGCUCCACCAGAAGCUGCGCACCAAGACGGUGCGCCAGGUCAAAAAGAAGCAGUACGACGAGGCCAUCUCGACCCUCUACCAGGGCGCCAUUGAUCUGCUCGACCAAAAGGAGCAGGGAAGCGCCUGCGACCUCGCCCUGUACAUGAUCGACGUGUACGGCUUCAAGUCGCAGCAGGUCGACUCUGAGAGCAGGGACCGCAUCACCGAGAUCCUCGGCAAAGCCCAACCGGACUUUUGGAGAAAGAAGGUCAUCGAUGCGGCGCUCAAGUGGUCCGCCAAGGCGUCCGAUGCACCCGCCGGCGACCCGCUGCUGCGUCUCUACAUUGCCAAGAUGCUGGCCAAGGAGUCGGCGUACCACCUGGCCGAGCCCCACUUCAUUUCGGCCUGCAUCCCGGCGCCGACGACCUACACCAUCGAGAGCGCGCCCAAGGCAUUUGCGCAGAUGAUGCUCGACUGGCUCGUCGAGCACUCCAAGGCGGCCACCGAGGUCGAGGGCGAGACGAGGGACACCAACGCAAUCGAGAGGAUCGAGGCGGGCCGCUUCGCUCUCCGAGGCGUCAUGCCUCUGCUCGCCAGCAGGGCCGUCUCACCGGCCCGCAGCUUCCUGACAGGCUACAUCGAGCUGACGACGACGCGCCAAAAGUCGCUGCUGCUGCCCGUCCAGCCCAACCCGCGCCCCUAUGUGCCGCCGGGAAGCAGCGGCAGCGCGGCCAAGUCGGACCUGCAGCUCUACCUCACCGCCAACGCCGACCUCAACUUUGCCCAGAUGGCGCUGGCGCUCUGCAUCGAGGGCGACAGGAUCAAGUCGACCGGAUCCGGGUCCAGGGCCGCCCCGGACUGGCUCAAGAGCGCCUGGACGGCGCUGGUGCGCCAGUACGAGCGGGAGGCUGCCGCGCUGCAGCAGGAAGAGGGCGUUCGAGAGACGAUCCCGCACCUCUCGGCCAUCUACUUUGACAUUCAGCCGCCGCGCGCGCAGUCCAACAUGCUCUCGGACAUGAUGGCCUCGCUCUUUGGCGGCGGCGGCCCCGCCGCUGGUGGAGCGUCGGCAGCGCGGGCAACACAGCCGGCAGCCACGAGCAUCAAGCAGGCCCCGCCGCCGUCGAAACCCGCGCAGACGGCCGCGCCCGCCUCGACGUCGGCACCAUCGGCGCAGGCCGAUGAUCUCGUCGACGAUGAGAUGGAUUGA